CGAUCGCCCAGAUGGCCAAGGUGUUACCCACAGGGGCAUGGCUGGUAAUUAAGAGAACCAUAAUUCUCCACCGCUGAUCUGUCCUUCUACGAAGGCCCAGAUCUCUUGAAUUCGACCCGUGGAAAGACAGAAAACCCUAAAUAUGCUCUCUCUCUCCCUUUAUAUAAAUCUUGAGCCAAACCACACUCUUGAAAUCUCAGCGGUGUAGGCGUAGCGAACCAACGGAGGAGGGGGAAAAUGGCGGUGCCGUUGCUUACGAAGAAGAUUGUUAAGAAGAGAGUUAAGAAGUUCAAGAGGCCACAAAGUGACCGCAAGAUCUCUGUCAAGACAAGCUGGCGCAGACCAAAGGGUAUUGAUUCUCGUGUUCGAAGAAAGUUCAAGGGAUGUACUCUGAUGCCCAAUAUCGGUUAUGGUUCUGACAAGAAGACUCGUCAUUAUCUUCCAAACUGCUUCAAGAAAUUUGUUGUCCACAAUGUCAAAGAGCUAGAGGUGUUGAUGAUGCACAACAGGACUUACUGCGCUGAGAUAGCACAUAACGUGUCAACAAGGAAAAGGAAAGAGAUUGUGGAGCGAGCUGCGCAGCUUGAUGUUGUUGUAACUAACAAGCUCGCUAGGUUGCGUAGCCAGGAGGACGAAUGAAGAGGAGAGCCUAUGUUGAGGAGGGAGGAAUUAUUUUCCAUAUCGAGUAUGCGAAUUUUGCAGUUGUACAGUCUCUGUAACCUGGUAAAUUAGGAUAUCCUCUGAUAGCAAUACUACAUUUGUUGCCCAUCUGUGCUGUGGCUGGCGCUUUCCUCCCCUGUAUUAUUUUGUAGGGUUGCCGAGAUGAAAGUCAGAUGGUGUUUUCCGUCCGUAAAUAGUGUUGAGUAUCAUUGAAAAUGGAGCUUCGGUUCUCAAAAAGAAACAUUGGGUUACUUAAGUGGCUAAAUUUAAUAUAUUUCAGGCAAAUGAAAUUCAACUCUA